GCCGCAAUCGGUUCUCCAGACAGCGUACAUAUGAGAUACCGUUUCUACCUACCAAUGGGGUCACCUACUUUCUUAUAUGCCUUUCCAUAUCUAAUGUACUGGAUCGAAGAAUGGGAAUGAAAAUCAUCCGCUUACCGUUCGCAUGGGAGUGGUUGACCAGGUUGGGGCAACGUGCUAGUAUUAGUUGUGAAAUACAAAGGGCCGUCUAAGAUUGAAUCUCGGAGACGGCCGAGCGGUAUUUGCGCUUAAGCCACGGCUGCCCUACAAGAUAAAUCUAAUAUCGUCCCUGCCCACAAUAUAUGCCUCGAACUUGAAAGGAGUGUUCGAUCUGGGGAAGGAAAUGGAGAAUAGAGCCUGGAGAUAGCCGACCCCCACGUUAGCACAGCCAUGCCGGAUCAUGCGCCAGCUACUCUGAUCACACGGAAUCAACUCACUCCCUGACGACGACUAUGGACCUUGUUGAGAUCCCCGCAUGGCUCCGCGUGAAUCGCAACUUGGCUGGCAUCCUAGCAUGCUUCGUUGCUCUAUCAGUCGUCUUGAGACGACGCAAAAGACGAGAGCUGAUCACUGAUUAUUCCCAGGUAGCGAGGGCGCUCGACGGCCAAGGUCGUGAAUUUGACGAGUACGACUACAUUGUCGUUGGUGGAGGUACAGCUGGAUGUGUUCUUGCUUCCCGCCUCACAGAAGACCCACGCAUCCGCGUUCUGCUAGUCGAAGCUGGCACGAGCGGAAAGGCAUUGGUGGAGAGCAGAAUCCCCUCGGCUUACAAGCGCCUCGUUCGCACCAUCCAUGACUACAAACUAUCCACCGUACCACAGCUGCACGCCGCAAAUCGAAGGGUGUAUUGGCCAAGGGCACGUUUGCUGGGUGGCUGCUCUUCCAUCAAUGCAAUGAUGGCACACUAUGGAGCAUCUUCCGACUUUGAUGAAUUCGCCGAAAUAGUCGAGGACGACUCCUGGUCCUGGGAUAACUUUAAACAGUACUUUCACAAAUUCGAGAACUAUUCCCCUCACCCUCGAUUCUCUCAUGUCGAUGCCUCCCAACGUGGAUCGUCGGGACCGGUGACCAUCGGAUAUCAUUCCUACAAUUGGACAGGGACUGAAAUGUUUGUCAACGCGUGUGUCAACGCGGGGAUACCUUUCAAUCCAGAUUUCAACACGAGCAACGGCACCAUUGGAGUAAACAAGGUCAUGUCAUACAUCGACCGUCAUGGUGUGCGAGUGUCAACUGAAGUCGCAUACCUCACUCCUGCUGUCCUUGCCCGUCCAAACCUCAAAGUCGUUACCAAUGCUCGUGUGACUAAGAUUCUUUUUGAUACCUUAACUCCAAACAGGAACCCCCGGGCCAUCGGAGUGGAGUUUUCGGCUUUCGCACAAAAGGAGGUAGGUAGAAGAUUCAGAGCAAGGGCCAGAAAAGAGGUUGUCGUGUGCUGUGGCGCAGUGCAUACCCCGCAACUCUUAAUGCUUUCCGGCAUUGGUCCCGCAACACACCUCGAUGAAUGCGAUAUUCCUGUUGUCGUCGACCACCCCGGCGUCGGUUCCAACCUCUCUGAUCAUGUCACAUUCCACAUGCGGCUCGCCGAAAAAAUGGGAAUAUCACUCGGUUACUUGCAACCCAGUGAUUUACAUGCCAAAUUUAAACUUGCGCGUGAUCUUCUGAGAUACAAGUUGCAGGGAACAGGACCGCUGGCUUCGAAUUUCGCGGAAGGGGCCGCAUUCUUCCGUUCAGAUGAUCCACUUCUCUUCCCCAAAUACGACCACAAUGUGCAAGAUAGUACAUCGGGACCGAGUUCCCCAGACCUUGAGCUCAUUGCCGUGCCAGUCCUAGUUCACGCUGACAAAAGUCUGGGAUUAAACGGGUACAUGCUGGUACCGGUUCUGCUGAGACCUACGAGUGUUGGUACCGUCAGGUUGAAAUCUGCAGACCCAUGGGAAGAUCCUCUCAUCGACCCAAAUUAUUUGUCUACCCAACACGAUGUCGACGUGCUAGUGCGCGGCGUUCGUCUCGCCUACAAGAUAGCGCACAUUCCUCCAUUGGCAGACCUCACGGAUCCCGCUAACGACGACCCGAAGUUGGAUCAUCAUUUUGGACGAUUGAGCGACGACGAGCUACAACAAAUAAUACGCAGCAGAGCAGAGACAAUUUUCCACCCUGUCGGCACGUGUGCGAUGGGUAAAGAUGGUGUUGCAGGAGCGGUGCUUGAUCCACAGAUGAGGGUUAGAGGGAUCAGUGGUUUGCGCGUUUGUGAUGCGUCCAUCCUCCCAAAGUUGGUGUCGGGUCAUACAGCCGGAGUUGUCAUUGCCGCUGCAGAAAAGUUGGCGGAUAUUAUCAAGGCCGAGUACAAAUAGAUGAUUGGAUGUGCCAUCUGGAGAACUGAUUGCGGAAACUACUUGCUGAAAGGUGACUUGCUCAGUGAUGAAUUCACAAUCAGACUGCGAUACCUGUGACAUUGGUAUGUGCGUAUGAAGUUACUUGCACAAUAUACAGGAGAACAGGCUGGAGGUUCCCCUCUAUGCUUAGUUGUCAAGACGGUCAUCUUACCCCAACUAGCGUGUGUGUAGGUGUUGCAUCCAUGUUUGUGUUCUUUUUAAAUAAAAAAUAAAAAGCGAA